AUGGUUGAAUCUACAACCAAUUCAAAUAAAGCAAGUCCAACCAAGAAUGGCAAUGGUUCCAAUAGAUCACAACAGGAUCGUCCAGCAGCGUUAGCGGCAGCACUUGCAGCAACAGCAAGCAAACCUGUCAAACGAUACAUCAAUCCCUUCGUUAUGGCGCCAUACACAGCAAAUCAAGUACAGCAUCAAUCAUUGGAUAGAAAGAGAAGCGCCACUGUGUCUUCGGUGGAUUCAAUCCCAAUACAAUCGGUUCUCAAUCGUGAAUUAUACAAUCCGUCCUCUGAAAUGCAUAUACAUACAGAAGGAGAAGAAGUGAAUGAUUAUGGCAUAACGGAUUCCGAUGAUAAGACAGAUACUGAAGACGCAACGAUACGACCGGUACUAGGAGGGAAACCCAAUUCAUUAACUACACCUACAUUAGAGCCCCAUUUUGGAUUUGGACGCCCACCAGUAGUGCGUAAACGAAGUGCCACUACCUCGAUUAUAGAAAAUGCGUACUUCCCCGAGUUUGAUUACAAUGAAGAAGAUGAACAAGAUAAUGCAAAGAGUCCCACCUGGUUAUUGAGUGAUUUGUUAUCUAAUUUAGGCUCAAUCCGAGAUACUGACGAGUAUACCAUUGUUGCUAAAGCGAAUGACCUUGUGCUUUUAUUUCAACAACAUCCUAAGUUGAAAAAUGAAUUGGAAAUUAAAACAGUAUUGCCAAAGAUCCAAUUUAUGUUAUAUCAUCCUGUACUGGAAGUUAGAAGUUCAGGAUACAGAAUACUACGAUAUAUGAUUUCAAAUUAUGAAAGUUUGAGCUUGCUAAUUCAGUCUAAAUUGUUAAUCUAUCUAAUUGUUAGUUUAUCGGGAGCAAAUUCAACUCUUGUGGAAAUGGAGCAGGCUCUAAAGCUUAUUCGUGAGUUUUUACAUAUAGAUAAGGGUACUGAUUUCUUAUCUACUGGGGUCAUAAAAGCGUUGAUUGCAAUUGUGGAAAGUGGUGAUGAUGAAAAGACCAAUUAUGGCCAGUCAAUGAUUGAGUCAAUACCAGAACUGUUUAAGAAUGUAUGUCUUGAAACCAUUUGCGAAAUGACCAUAUUUAAUCCGGAACUUGUUUUCCAUAGUGGCGGGUUUAAAGUAAUUAUUAAUUCAAUUCUUGAAGGAAGUGUGGAAAUAUCAUCAACAUGUUUAAUUAUCUUGCUUAAACUUUGUGAUUUUCAAAACUCCCGUAAAUUUAUCAGAAAUGGAUUUGAUUUAGAUUCACUUAUUUCAAUAUUUUCAAACAUAGUGGAUGAUGACGAUAAAGUUAAGAAAGUUUCCAAUUCCAAGUUACAAAAAAUUUCGUUCUUGAUUGCAACGUUACUAAAGAAUUUCAAUGGGCUAAUUGCAUUUUCCAUUGAGAACUUCACCAGUAUAAACAAUUUAGUUAUAAAUCUUCAUAAGAAAAACAGCAAGAUACGAGACUUCAUCAUGGAUAUAUUUCUCGAUUGUCUUGGAAUUCAAGUAUUUCCUUGGUUGGAGAAUUCAGCUAUUGGUAAUUCAAUCACAAGGUUUAAUGAAUUUGUUGGUAGAACUAGUUAUUCAUUUACUUAUCCCCACUUGAAACCUAUUGAGCACGAGUUUGAACAACAAGUAGUUAAUCAUUAUUACGGAUUACUUGCAUUGGUUCUUAUAAGGAAUGAUAUCUUUGAUAGGUUGGUGGAUAUAAUUGAACAAAACCUGAAUGAGUCAAAUACCAAAAAGGCUACCCUUCUUUUAACCCAUUUAUAUGCAAUGGCUAAUAGUUUGUUACCACCAGAACUAAUUCGUCCUAAUAUGUUAUUACGUGAUCUUUCCCUUCAUGCAACAUUUAAGAUUAUUACCAGAGACAAGUUCCAACCUAAACCUGACUACUUGGUGAAUAUGAAAUCGACGAUUAAGAAGAUCAAUAUUGAAUCCCGAUACAAUAUUGAUGACACUGAGUUUAAGACCAAGAUUAACAAUACCAAGAUAUUGACCAUAAAGGAAUUUGAAGAAUGGAAUUGGACAUUGUUAGUCACGCUCAUUCAAGGACCAUUAUCUAACCCAAAGCGAUUUGACGAAGUAUUGGAAAAGUAUCCCAAGUUUUUCAAACGGUUAAUGUCCUUUUAUCGACCAUUUAAAUUUAGGUUUUCAAAUACAUCAUUGAAUAAUCGAAACUCUAUGAAGUAUAUCAAUAUUGGAACUCAAUUACUCGAAAUGUUCUUGAAUUUGGAUAAUGGAACUAAAUAUUUGGCAUCGAGUAAAUUGUUGCCUCAAUUGGCUGAAAUUGUGGCCCAGGUUGAUCCAUAUAGUGGUAUAUCAUCCAAGGAGCCAUUACUCAAUAAGAAACGAUUGGACUCAACUUGUUGUAUGGGAUAUUUACGAUUUAUAGGUAUACUUAGUGCGAAACCUAGUGGUAUUCAAAUGUUGGAACAUUGGCAAUUUUUCACAUUGUUUUUACAUAUAAUUGACCAUAGCAGUGAAUCCGAAUCAAACAACUUAUUUAUCAUCACCUUGUUUAAGAAUGUUGAUUUCACAAUCAAUUCCCGAUUUAGAAUUUUAUUGGAACAAGCACUGAAAAUAUCAAAUGUUAAGGUUAGAAGUUAUUUAUUAAAGCACUUGUAUCCUAGUUUGAUCAAAAUUAAAGAAUGUGAAUCAUUUAUUAUAAAGAUUUUGGUGACUAGUAAUUUAUACGAUUCCAAUCACGAUAUUGCCAUUAAUACGGUUGAUUUGUUGUACCUGUUUUACAGUGACAAUGAUUUUGCCAACUUGAAUACAUUAGUUGGAUUAUCUCCCUCAAUUUCCGUUUUAUCUCAAUUCAAGAAUGGUCGUUUACUUUUGAUUCAUUUCAUGAAGAUUCCAAUUGGGUUUAAAUACCUUGAACAAUCAGGUUAUAUUGAUCAAGAAUUUAGUAAAUGGGAUGAUAUUACUGAUUUCCAAUAUUUGAAAAAAGUGGAAUUGCUAAUCAAAUAUCAGUUGUUUCCGUUCUUGGGUAAUUUUGAGGAUCCGCAAAUUAAUGAUUGUUCUUUAUCUGUAUACUUUUUCAAAUAUUUGCUAACUACUGAAGAAGGAUUAGGUUAUUUCAAUCACGGUAAAGGUCGUGAUUUCUUGGAAUUGUUGAUCAAUUCAAUUACCGAUUCAUUCGAGGCUAUUAAUACCAACGAAGAAUACUUUGAUAUUGAAAAUCAAGAUGAAGAACAUAUUAAUUAUAUUAAUAAACUCAAGCAAAACUUGUGGAUAAUUGGGAACAUUGCCCAGGGACAUUAUGGAAUUCAAUUGCUUGAUCCAUUGUAUAAUUUGAAUCUUGACCAUUCUGUGAUUGAUAUAAUCUUGGAUAAUUUCAAUAAUUGUCCCGUGUGGUCACUUAGAGGGGUCUGUUUCUUUAUUAUUGGUAUGAUAUCAAGUACUAGCGAAGGGAUUGAAAUUUUGGAUGAAUACAACUGGAUUAGUGUUUUAGAUGAAUAUGAAAACAGUAAAGGAUUAGCAUAUCCGCAAAGUCCCAAUGGAAUUUUCAAUGUUGAAAUUACUAAUCCAUAUAGGGAUACUCGAUACUACCACAUUUUCAAUGUGGGUUCAACCACAACAGCACCCUCGUUAUGGGGUAUUUCUAACAAUGAAUCUGUGGACACUAUUAGCACAGGCGAGGAGAGUGGAGAAGAUUCUCUCAAUGUUAAAGUGAAUGAACGAGUGAUUACCCUUUUACACCACUUGAAUUCAAUUCUAGCAAGCAUUGAAAAUAGAGCAAUUAAGGAAUUGAAUCGGAUGAAACAGGCAAGUCCUGAGUUGUUUAGUGACGUUGGGUUAUUUCUUGAAGUCAUUAAACUAAUCGACAAGGGCAAUUUCAAAUUACAGAAACGUAUAUUUAUAUUUGGUUUAUUUAAUAUGAAGAUUUUGGAGAAUUUGCUAAAGCCAGAAAGAAGAGGACUGUUUAGAUGAUUCACUUUUUGUCUAACCUACGUUUCUUCUUGGGGUUACUUGCACCAUUUGAAGCCAACUUGUCAAUACUACUGCCUUCAUUGUCAACCAAAGGGAAAUCAGUUCCACUAUAUUCAUUCACAACACCGGAAUUCUGGACAUUCAAUGGUUUGUAUUUGGAUGAAACUAAGUUUGGAUAAUGACGACGACACCAAGCUUCCAUAUCUUGAGGGUUGACUUCACUGUUUAUCAAGUCGUCGUUUAUUAAAUCGGGUACCUUUUCAUAUAGAAUACAAUUAAGUAAAUGUUUCUUGGAUAUAGGUGUAGUGUCGUCGAGGUUGGCCAAUGGAUCUAGCACUUUGGCCAACCUUGGAGCUGUUUCUAUGAUUUUCUUGAUACGGGCUGAUUCAUCGGUAGUUUCGGAUUGCUGCUGUUGUUGUUGUUGUUGUUGUUGUUGUUCGAGUUGGUCAAGGAUGGAAAGGAUAGCGUUGUUUCUUCGUAUAUAGUAUGAUAGGGUAAUUCUUUGGUUCUUUUCCUUGUUGAAUAGACUUGCCGAAUUGGCAUAUGCCUUUUUAUAUCGGUCCAAGUACUUUUCGUAGAUUUUGCCGUAGUCUUUUGUGGGUUGAUUUUCCUCUGAUAUUUCUUCAGCAACAGGUACUUCCUCUUUAGAGUUGAUUGGCUCGGUAUUUUGUUGUUCUAUUUUUUCUACAACUUCCUGUGGUUUCUGCUCUAAUUGUUCGACUAUUUCCGACAUGUUUUCUAAAUGUAUUGCUAGGAUAACCAAGAAGACAAUGUUGGUGGUUGACU